ACCCACCCAAAGGCAAUUAAGGGUAAAGGACGACAAAAAUAUUUGAUGAACUUUUUUCUUCUCUCUCUGCCUCAAACGGGACAGAGGAAGGAGUCGUGGGAUCUCGAUGGAACUGGAAUUAAAGACCAACGCUUACUGGGAGUUUUGUUGAUUUUUCUUUAAGGAUGAUUUAAAGCUAACCGCGAAGCAUCCGGUUGGAUAAACUUGCAAGUAAAGCGAGAAGAAGCAGCCGAAACUUUUUUUUUUUGGAGGGGGCCCGAAGCAAAACCCCGAAGAAGAAGAGGAGAAAGAAAAAGAAGGGGGAUGGAUAGUUUUUGCGCAAUGACGCGCUGAUGGGAGAAAGCUAAAACCUCUCGGAAAACCUCUGGGAAAGUUUUUUUUAAUUGGUAUAUUUUUUUUGUUUUUGUGGCGCCCUUUAAGGAGUCGCAAGAGAUCGAGAUCGGAUCUCUGGGUCCUGAUCCGGAGGACGAUGGGGGCCGCGCCGGGCUCGGGCUGGGAGGAGGGCGAGUUCGAGUUCAAGCUGGUGUUUGAGGAAGACCCGCCUCAGCGGCAGAUCCAGGGGCCGUCCCCGGCGCGCACAGCCGAGCCGGAGAGCUCCGUCGGCGGGGAAGAGGAAGAUGAUGGCGCCCUGUUGCGGCUGGACUCCAGCAACCUCGACAACCACUUAGCCAUCGCUCAUGCAGGACACUCAAUCAACAUCCCCAGCCCGCCGCCCUCGUCCAAUCAGAGGGCAGGGAUGCAUUCGCCACCUCCCCGACGGGCCGCCGUCAGAGAGUUCAGCGGCACCUAUGAGAGCCUGCCGGCCCGCUCCGUUCAGGUGUCGGAGUCCUGUGUGGUUGAGUGCCCCAGCAUUCAGAUCACCACCAUUUCCCCGGAGGAUGACCCGGCGCCGCCCGUCCCCAGCUACUGGGACAUGGGCAGCGGCGGCGGCUGGGACAGGGAGCGCCUCUACCUCCCCCUGCUGGACCCUUUCUCCUACCGCGACCGGUUCCCCGGCUCCCUCAGCCCCAGCCCCGCCUCCAGCCCGUCGUCCCGCGGCUGGCUCAGCCCCGCGUCCAGCUGCGACUCCCUGCUGGUGGAGGAAGAGGAGCUCAAUGAGGCCAAUGUCGGUUUCGGACUCUCCCCGUCCUCCAGGCCCACUUCCCCAGGAGGAAAGAAGCGCAGGAACUCUCCUCUGGCGUCUCCCUGCAUCUCGCGGAGGAGCAGCUACUCGGAGGACCUGCAGGGAUGCAACCUGGAGGGCGGAGAGUCCGCCUCGCAGUCGCAGGCGCUGCCCGGCAGCUGUGAGCUCAACAUCCCGCAGAAAACCAGGAAGACGUCCCUGGAGCAGUUGUCUCCCAGAGAAGUGGACCAGGAGUCGGGUCUGGGCCGAAGCUCCCCCUGUCCGCUGCCGGAGACCCAGCAGCCCAGGAGAGAGCCCCCAUCUCUGGGAAUGGACUACCUCCCUGUUCCCCCUGCCCUGGCCUGGGGCAGAACCAGAGCCAGCGCCCACAGUCCUCUCUUCAGGUCUAAUGCUUUGCCUCCACUUGACUGGCCGCUCCCGUCCCAGUUUGACCAGUAUGAGCUGCGCAUCGAGGUGCAGCCCCGGCCACACCAUCGAGCCCACUACGAGACGGAGGGCAGCAGAGGCGCCGUCAAAGCCGCACCAACAGGACAUCCUGUUGUCAAGCUGUGCGGUUAUGCAGAGAGGAAGCCGCUGUCGCUGCAGGUUUUCGUCGGAACGGCUGACGACCGCUCAAUCAGGCCUCAUCCUUUCUACCAGAUACACAGGGUGACCGGGAAGAUGGUCGGCACCGCCAGCCAUGAAAGCGUCCAGGCAGGGACCAAACUGUUGGACAUCCCCCUCAACCCCGAGAACAACAUGACCGCCCUCAUCGACUGCGCUGGGAUUCUGAAACUGAGAAACUCCGACAUCGAGCUGCGAAAAGGCGAAACGGACGUCGGGAGGAAAAACACCCGCGUGCGUCUGGUGUUUCGUACUCACCUCCCUGUAGCGCCCCCUGUGGGCCCUCCCGGGCGCGUCCUGGCUCUGCAGGUCGCCUCUUUACCCAUUGAAUGCUCUCAGCGGUCGGCCCAGGAGCUUCCUGUCAUCGAGUCCGUCAGCGUCACGUCCUGCUCGGUGGAGGGAGGCGAGGAGCUGCUGCUGAGCGGCACCAACUUCCUGCCGAUCUCCAGAGUCCUCUUCAUGGAGAGAGGCACCGAUGGGAAACUACAGUGGGAGGAGGAGGCGCAUGUGGACCGGGACAACAGCAACGAGUGUUUGCUGUGUGUGAGGGUUCCUGCCUACAGCGACCUCUCCGUCAGUCGGCCUGUGUCCGUCAGUCUGUACGUCUCCAACGGGAAGAGGAAGCGGAGCAGCACGCACUGCUUCAAGUACCUUCCUGUUAUGUUUAAAGAAGAGGAUCCUUUGCUGUCCCGUCCCUCUGUUCCCCCUCUGGACGGGGGAACUGUGGGUCCGCCCAGAAUGGACAGAGGCUUCCACGUGUCCGACGACCGCGGCCUCGGCUUCCACCUUCCCCCCUACCCCUCCACCUACUCCCCUCCCUGCCCGGCCAUGAGCUACCAAGAGGAGUACUGCCCCAAACCCGACAGCGCCGUGGAGGAGCCAGUCGGGUCCAGGGCGCCACUGUCCGAGCGUAACCCCAGCUUUGAGAACCUGGAGCUGGGCUUCACCGAACUGCUCCCCCCUCUGUAUCCCCGCGGUCCUCAGCCUCCGUCCCCGUCUCCUUCCCCAUGGCUGGACUCCCCCUACCUGUCCUCUUCACCCUCUCCGUCCCACUCCUCCUCUCUCAGCCCAUUCCCCACUGAAAGCCCCCUCGCCAACUCCCCGCUGCCCCCAAUCCCCACAUCGCCUUUCCCGCAGUACUCCACUUAUCCUCAGGAGCUGUGUCCCUCGCCUCCGUCCAACCCUUACCAGGACGCCUGUCCGGCGCCGUACUCCCACUACGAGGGCUGGGAACCUCAGGGAAGGAUGCUGGGUACGAGUCACGGGGGAGAGGGGGACGCCAAGAACCAGGAGUGUCCACUGGAGUUUACCAGCUCGGCCUCUAUGCACCACAUUACCUUCGAAGAAGUGUCAGAGUUCAUCGGGGAGGACAUCCAGGCCUACCAGUCAGGCUCGCACAUGAACAACUAGUCCAGCUUGUGAUGAACCCGAUUUGGCGUUCAGCAUCUUUUUAAAUUCCCUUUGCACUUGGUAUUAAGUUGGGAUAACUGCAGUAGCACAUAACUGACAGGGGAAUCUGGUGGCAAAUGUAUGCAAUUUUAUUCCAACCACUGUUUUAUAAAAGGGAAACUGAUGUUUUAAAAUAUCUGCCAAAAUAAAUUAUAUAAGAAACUA